AUGAACACCGAGGAUCCGGGCAGUACCGAGUUGAGAUUACUGGAUGCCUACCUAUGCCUACCCAAUCCAGAGCUGCGAAUCAACGCACUCUCUUCCAAGGCGGCUAGUAAGCGCGAAACCGAGUGGGAACAUGUCGAAAGUUGGACGGAAUGGACAGACUUCAACCCUGACGAGAUACUCCGGAAGUUCCUGAAUGACGAAGUCGCUUUUGCGGAUCCCUGUCAACUCCAGCGUGCAGAGUGCUCUAUUUACAGUGAACGUUGUCUGGAGCACGUCCUGUCAAAAUGGCACAAUAUGGUUGUCAACAAUGCCUUACAACAUAUCUGCAGCAAGUUGGGGGUUGAUAAAAUUAGUUGGGUGCCUGGUCGACACGGGGAUGGAGUCAGGCCUGACUGGAGUGGCGUCAAAGAGGAGGAGGACUCUACCAGCCUUGUUCCGGGGGAAACGAAACUGCAAAACCCUAAGUCCGCCAAACCACUACCGAAAGAGUGGCCGACUGAAGAGAGCACUGGGGAGCAUACGGACUUCAUAAGCUUCCUUUCCCAAGCCGCCACAUACAGUAAGAUGGAAAAAUCGAGAUACGCUUAUGUGAUCACCAACAUGGAGCUUGUCGUCAUGCGACUGUCUAAGGAGACAUCAACAAUACCCACCAGGCCAUCAGGAACUUCCAGGCGUCUCUCAGCAGAGAGCAACCAACUUCAGGGAGGAAAUAUGCAGCCGCCUUCCUCUUCGCCACCAGCAGCACACGAUCAGGAUGACGAGACAGGAGAGGAUGAAUUGCCCCAGACGCAGCAGUCUAUCCAGUCUGAAGAGGUCCCACCCUUCUCACCACCCCAUGAACCCCCAUCAGCAUCUGAUUACGUUCCAUCCUCAAGCCCAGUUGCCGAAUUGGUACACCCCGAAAUAGCGCGGUUCGCGUGGACGGCAUCUACGGUAACGAUAACCAAAGCGCUUGUCGCCAUCCACAUCCUUGCAGUUCUACAGAACGAGCGCCGCGAAAAGUACGACAAGGUUACUGAGGACUACGACUACCGGGAGCUCUUUGUCUCACCUUGA